AUGGCUGACCUCUUUAACAACCUGCUAGUACUGCUUUUUGUUUCUCAAAACAUCUGUCUGGGUUUCAGAAGGCCACCUUCUGUCUUCAAGAGGUACAAAGAUACUACCAGGUCUUUUUCCAGUGAAUACCUUGGAAGUGACCAGCCAGUGAUUUCACUUGGUCUGUCAGAUUUUGCACUGGACAUUCGUAUGCCUGGUGUGACACCUAAGCAGUCCGAUACCUACCUCUGCAUGUCAGUACCCCUGCCAAUAGAUGAUGAAGCAUAUGUAGUUGACUUUAAGCCUCAUGCCAGUAUGGACACUGUCCAUCACAUGUUACUCUUUGGAUGCAAUGAACCCUCUUCUACUGAAAAUUACUGGGACUGUGAUGAAGGAACAUGCAAAGACAAAUCUAAUAUUUUGUAUGCUUGGGCAAGAAAUGCGCCACCCACCAGGCUACCCAAAGGUGUUGGAUUCAGAGUUGGAGGAGAAACAGGUGGCAGAUUUUUUGUGCUCCAGGUGCACUAUGGGGAUAUUAGUGCAUUUAGAGACAAACACAAGGACUGCUCUGGUGUAUCUUUACAUCUGACACAUCAGAAGCAGCCUUUGAUUGCUGGAAUGUAUCUUAUGAUGUCUGUGAACACUGUAAUACCGCCAGGUGAGAAAGCGGUUGAUGCAGACAUUGCCUGCCAUUACAAGAGGUUUCCAAUGCAUCUUUUUGCCUACAGAGUUCAUACACACAGAUUAGGUAAAGUAGUGAGUGGAUACAGAGUGAGAAAUGGUCAAUGGACAUUGAUUGGUAGACAGAGUCCACAACUGCCCCAGGCAUUCUAUCCGGUAGAACGUCUUGUGGAUGUUAGCUAUGAUGAUAUCCUAGCAGCUAGAUGUGUGUUCAGUGGUGAAGGCAGAACUACAGAGACGCAUAUAGGGGGAACAGCCAAUGAUGAAAUGUGUAAUUUUUACAUUAUGUACUAUAUGGAAGCCAAGCAUGCAGUCUCGUAUAUGACCUGCACACAGAAUGCAAACCCUGAGAUGUUCAGAAAUAUACCACAGGAGGCAAAUGUUCCUAUUCCAAUCAUGUCUGAUAUGCUAAAGAUGACACAUGGACACCAUGAAGAAACCAAGGAUAGUGAUAAAAGUUCUUUGCUGCAGCAAGUCAAAAAAGAAGAGGAAGAGAUUUUGGAGCAGGAUUUCCACAUAGAAGAAGCUGUGGAGUGGCCUGGGUUAGACCUCAAACUUGGUCAAGUUUCUGGGUUGGCUCUGGAUGCUGAAAAUAACUUAGUUAUCUUCCACAGAGGUGACCAUGUUUGGGAUGAAAAUUCUUUUGACAGCACAUUUGUUUAUCAACAAAGAGGACUUGGACCAAUUGACCAGAACACAAUUCUUGUCCUGAAUCCAAAUAAUGCAAAACUGCUUCAUUCCUUGGGCAAAAGCCUAUUUUAUUUACCACAUGGUUUGAGCAUGGAUAAAAAUGGUAACUACUGGGUCACUGAUGUAGCUCUCCAUCAGGUUUUCAAACUGGGACCAGAUAGCAAAGAACCGUUACUGACCUUAGGAAUCGCUUUGCAACCGGGCAGUGACAAAAAUCAUUUCUGUCAACCAACUGAUGUGGCCGUGGAUCCAAACACUGGCAGCAUUUAUGUCUCUGAUGGCUACUGUAACAGCCGAAUCAUUCAGUUCUCUCCGAAUGGAUUGUACGUGAUGCAGUGGGGAGAAGAGACUUCUUUAGGCAGAGCCAAACCUGGACAGUUCCAUAUCCCUCACAGCUUAGCUCUGAUCCCCGACUUCAGUCAGCUGUGUGUUGCUGACAGGGAAAACAGUCGAAUUCAGUGCUUCAGGUUAGAGACUGGGGAGUUCAUAAGAGAGAUCAAGCACAAGUCAUUUGGAAGAGAGUUGUUUGCAGUUUCCUAUGUUCCAGGUCUCCUCUUUGCAGUUAAUGGAAUGCCUUACCCUGGAGAGUCAGAGCCAGUGCAAGGAUUUGUGAUGAACUUCUCUACUGGAGAAAUAAUUGAUACUUUUACUCCACUUAGAAAGAGAUUUGAGAUGCCACAUGAUGUUGUUGCUUCAGAAGAUAAAACAGUAUUUGUUGGAGAUGUUCAUGCCAGAGCAGUGUGGAAGUUUGCAUCCACAGAAAAAAUGGAACAUCGGUCAGUUAAAAAGGCUGGUAUUGAGGUACAGGAAAUAAAAGAAUCAGAAACAAUUGUAGAAGGCAGAUUGAAAAACAACCCAGAAUCAACAGACCCUGUAAAGAAGCAGGAAAAACAACAUUUAGUCCAACAACACACCAGCACUGGCGUUUCAUUUGUUCUUAUUACAACUCUUCUAAUUAUCCCUGUUGGUGUCCUGCUGGCAAUUUUAUUAUUUAUUCGGUGGAGGAAGACAACUGUCUGUGGAGGUGAUGGGGAACACAAACUUCAUUCAAGUUCAGGAAUAAUUUUAGGCAGACUUAGAGGGAAAGGCAGUGGUGGCCUUAACCUUGGGAACUUUUUUGCAAGUCACAAGAGCUACAGUCGAAAAGGGUUUGACCGAGUGAGCACUGAAGGCAGUGAUCAAGAAAAAGAUGAAGAUGAAGGCACAGAUUCAGAGGAAGAGUGUUCACCUCCACCCCCACCAGCACCUUCAUCCUCCUGAAACCAGCCUUUAAGUUCUCCAUUAUACAAUUCAACCCAAAAAGUCAUAUUCCUUUUCCCUUAAGCACGUUUAAGAUUUUGUGUAUUUAAUUGUAAACUGUACUAGUCUGUGUGGGGCUGUACACUGGUUCCUUAAUUUUUGUUUGGUUUUAGUUCUGUUUUUUAAGUAGAGGAGUGUAUGAAAGUUCCAUAUCAGUGCUGUUGUUUUUUAUGUGAGCAUCUUAAUAAAGCAAAGUCUCUAAUCGCAGCACUGAUUUAAAGCAGUAGUAUUUUCUCAUUUUAAACUGGGGAUCUUGUAAAUAAGUCAUACUAUCUGCUUCAUCAAAAUAUUUUUCCUGUAACUAUUCAGUUGCCAAUUUCUGUUUUGUGCCUUUCCUCUUCAAUGUCCUUAACCUGUUGCAGUACAGAGAAAAUACAGUGCCACAAGAAAAUAAAGCUGCUAAAUCUUCUUCUAUUUUUUUAAAAUCACUAACAUUAUAUUGCAUUGAAGGAAAGAAAAAAGUCUCUAUUUAAUUUUUUUUCUUCUUCCAAACUUGAUGUGUUUCUGGGAUGUCUUAUUUUUAGAUGGUAUCACUGUUAGAACACUAUUUUCAGAAGCUGAAUGUAAUUUGUGUAAUAAAGUAUUUGCAAAGCA